GGGGGCUGCUGAGCGGCGGCUGGCGGAGCCAACGGGCGGUGGGAAGGGGGGCGGGCGCUGCGGGGGUGUCGUGCUGGAGCGAGGCGUGCCCCAGCCGCCAGGCACCCUGUGGAGCCGGGGAGCGACGUUUGCACGGCGCUGGUGGUGGUGGUGGUGGCGGCGGCGGGCGGCAGCAGCAGCGGGCAGCUCGGCGUCCCCUCCACCCCCCCCCGUGAGCCUGGGGAACCUGCAGCUCAAAGCCGCCGCCAGCCACAGCGCCAUGUACCCCGGCAACAAGCGGAAAAAGCUCUGGCGGGAGGAGAAAGAGCGUUUGCUGAAGAUGACCUUGGAGGAAAGACGCAAAGAGUACUCGAGGGAGUAUGUUGCAUUGAAAGAUAUUCCAACAUGGAUGGAAGAAAUGAAAAGUAAGAAUGAAAGUGAUGGUGAAAAUGCGAAGGAAGAACAGCAGGGGAAGAAAAGCCUGAGCGAGAAGGUCUCCCUGUACAGAGGCGACAUCACGUUGCUUGAGGUCGAUGCCAUUGUCAAUGCAGCUAAUUCCAGCCUUCUUGGAGGUGGAGGAGUGGACGGCUGCAUACACAGAGCUGCUGGGCCCUGUUUAGUUGCUGAAUGCCGCAACCUGAGUGGCUGUGAGACUGGACAAGCAAAAAUUACGUGUGGAUACGAACUACCUGCAAAAUGUGAUGGAUUUGAGAUGGGAGCAGUUCCCAAAGUAUUUAGAGCAAUUCUGCUUCUAUCUGAGACCAAACGUGGAAAACUUGAGUUCACCAGGAUGGAAAACUCUAUGCAUGUGAUCCAUACUGUUGGGCCAAUCGCAAGAGGCCACCUUACUGACACUCAUAAAGAAAACUUGGCGAAUUGCUAUAAAUCCUCUCUGAAACUGGCAAAAGAAAACAACAUCAGAUCACUUGCAUUCCCCUGCAUUUCAACGGGAAUUUAUGGUUUUCCAAAUGAGCCUGCUGCUGUCAUUGCCCUUAACACUAUUAAGGAAUGGUUAAGCAAGAAUCACAACGAGGUGGAUCGUAUCAUCUUCUGUGUCUUUUUGGAGAUUGACUACAAAAUUUUCAAGAAGAAAAUGGGCGAAUUUUUCCCUAUAGAUGAUAAUGAAGAGACCGAGAUGAGUGAAGAGACAGGUUUGGAACAAAAAGGCCAGCUUCCAUCUCCCACUAAGUGCAAAGCAGAGCAGCCUGAGGACAUGCAAGACAAUGCUGAAGGUGGUAACAGCACAGAGGAGAAGCAAAAUGUGGAAGAUACUGAGGGCCCGAGCCAAGAAGCAGAUGAGACAAAACCUUCAGCUGUAGCCAGCCUAUCAUCAUCAGAAGCCACAGAGCCGUGUGAGGAUAAAGACUCCCUGAAAGACUCCAAAGGCGCGCAGGAGAGUGACCCAGCACAUCCUAUGGGGUGCAAGCAAGAUCAAGCCGAAGGACAGCAGGAUGGUGCUGCAGAGGAGGAGAUGAAAACUGGGGCAGAUUCCCAAAGCUCCUGCAUGGAGAUAGAAGAGCCAUUGUUGAACCAAGAAGACACAACAGAAGAGGAGAAACCUUUGAUUCCCAAUGCAGAGGAAAAAGAAAAAGAAGGAGGAGGAGGAGCACAAGUAGAAGAAGAGGAAGGGAUGCAAGAGGAGGAGGAAACUUCUGCAGAGCCAAUGAAAGUUGAACUCACAUGCGAAGCAGCAGAAGCUUCAAGUAAUGAUGCUGAAAUGAGUAGCCAAGGUGAGAGCAAGAAGGAUCCCACAGAAAGCGUGCCAGAAGCGUAACCAACAGGAAGGAUGCAGGAGAUGAGAGACCAGACAAAACCCGAAGGGCAGGCGCUGACACCCUACGGCAUCGUCCUUGGCAGAAAAGAGCACGCGGAGGUGCUCCGCGGGUUGGGAGGGAGGGAGCUUUGGGGAAGUGACUCUGCUUUAAUUUCUCUUUGUCCUUCAUCGCGUUUUGUUCUGUAAACCUGUUGGAAAGAAACACAACUUCCCAGGUCUAACGCUGUUUUGCAACUAUCCCUGCAAUUACAACAGUUUCUUCUGAACAACAA